AUGGGUAGGGCGUGGAAAACGUCUCUGAACCUGAAGGGGUUGAUUGUCGGACGUAUUGCGGGUUGGACGUUCCAAAGUUGCGCCGACAUCCGCCGGAGGAACAGACUCUCCGGGAGCCGCCUGCAGGAGACCACGAUUCUUGGAACUUCUGCCUGGUGUAUGCGGGAGACUUCCAAGUCGUCGAAACGAAGAAUGGGACUAAAGGCCUAA